AUGGCAAGUAUUCCUAAGUCGAACGAAGUAAUCUUUGUAAAGAAUUAUUAUAGCAUGCUCUGCAACAGGCCAUCGGUCAUCCACCAAUACUACAUGAAGGAUUCUCAGCUAACAAUCUCCAAGGAGGCGAGCAAGCCCGAAAUAUGCACCGAGGACUUUGGGAAAUACAUCAAAUCGAAGAUAUCCAGCCCAGUUUCCAAAGUAUUCAUAUCUCACCUGUCUUUUCAAAAGAUAGACAACCUGAAAUCGGCUAUAAGUGUCAUCGGGCAAUUUGUUUACAACGACUCGUCGCAAGUGAGAAUAUCUCAUCAGUUCAUUGUCUCGAGGAUAGAUUCUGUUCUAUACAUCAAGAACGAGAUUCUGACGUUCCUAGACGAAGAGAUUGCUUAUGAUCUGGACCAUGAUGCCAAGAAGGUUGUGGUUGUUGAAUAUGGAAAGAACGAAAUGUUACAGGCCAUCAAUGCUAUUUCUGAGUUUGGAAAGAUUAAAUCUAUGAAGUCUGAGGACGAUGGCAAGGUUGUCAUGACAUUCGACAGUAUAGAGGAUGUGGAGAAUAUCAAGAAGAAUGUUCCAAAGAUAGUCUCGCAGGGAUAUAAGUUGGAGUUUGAUGGGCUGAAAGUGUGA